AUCCCUGAGGAGACUUUGGGAUAAUCUGGGGAUCUCUGUAUGAAUUUCGAGAUUCCUGGAGGGGUUUGGGAUCCUUGGGGGAUUUUUGAGGUGGCCUUGGUGGGGUGAGAGUACUCUGGGAUCCCUUUUUCAGAGAGCAGCGCUGGGGGUACCCUCACAACACUGCCCCCACCUCCUCCCACACCUUCCCUUUUCUUCGGAAUAUCCUUGGAUUCGGAGUUUCCCUGGAAUUCUCCCCUGGUUUACCCACAUACUGGGAGUCCCCAUGAUUUCAACUAAUUCCCACAGCCCCCCAGAAUCCAUGGAUUCUCUCCUUUGCCUCUGCGCUCGCCGCGUCGUCACCCAGCGCCCUCUUCCCGCCCUUCCCCCCCAUCUCUAUCCCGUCCUUUUCCAAGUGGCAUUCUUGGAUGGAAGACCCCUGGUCCUGCGGGAUUUGGUGGCCUCUUGGCCUUUCCCAGUGCUCCACUUCCAGCGGCUCGUGGAACAACGUGAGCUGCUUUGGGAUCAUACCUGCAUUGACUGCGUCCAGGCCGUCAUCCAGGCCGUGGUGGCGCAGAUCCAGCGGGAGCUGGAAGAGCCUGGCUGCCAUUCCAGCCUGCGCGUGCUGGACAUGACCAGACUCUCUGAUUCCGUGUCCGGCUGCACUCCCGCCGCGUUGACCAGCUGGUCCAGCACCGAGGCUUUGGCCAAGGCUUGCGUGGAGGUGUCCAAACACCAGCCAGAAUUCCAGAGUCGCGGAUCCAAGAGGCACAAAGGCUCCUCCGGAGCCACCACGGCCACUCCGUGGGCCCCGGGCGUGGACGUCCACGCCGACCUGGUCGUUAACAGAAGGUCCUACGGGAUCCUGCGGGACGCGCUCCAGGCCGGAGCUGCCGGCCCGCUGCGCCUCAAGUGCCACGAAUUCAAAGCAAAAUACAUCUCAGCAUACGAGAUCUUGACUUUGUUGAAAUCUCUGGAUCCUUCUUGUGUGCGGAGGGUGGAUCUGCGCUUCCGGAAUUUGGGAUUGUCCGGACUCUUGGUGAUCCUGCCGCACCUCGCGCGCUUCCCGGAGCUGCGCAGCCUCAAGCUCCAGCACAGCAAGGUGGACGUGCGGCACCUGACAACGGAAUCAGACAUCAGAAUCCUCUGUGUGGCCAGGAAACUGGGAAUGCUGCCCAACCUCCGGGAGCUCGACCUGGGAUUUUCCCAGCUCUCUGGGAUUCUGCGCCAGAUCCUCUGUGACCUCCAGGCUCCGUUGGAAAGCUUGGAAUUGGCCUUCUGCUCCCUCGUUCCCGCCGACCUCGCCUUCCUCUCCCAAAGCUUCCACGCUCCAGCCCUCAAAAGGUUGGAUCUGAGCGGCCACGACAUCUCCCAAGGCCUCCUGGAGCCUCUCCAGCUGCUCCUGGAGGAAACCUCGGCCUCACUGCUCUACCUGGAUCUCAGGGAAUGCCGCAUGGCCGACUCCCACCUGAAGGCGCUGCUCCCGACGCUCCGGCGCUGCUCCCGCCUGCGCUUCCUGGGACUCUACGGCAAUUCCCUGUCCACGGCCGUGCUUAAAGAUCUGCUCCAGAAAACCUUGGAGCUGCCAGAUCUCCACCAGGUCGUGUAUCCCUUCCCUGUGGAUUGCUACAAGAGGGAGCCGCCGGAAUCCAGACGGAAUUUUGUGAAGGAUAAGGAGCUUUUUGAGGCGGCCAAGGCGGAGUUUUCCCAAAUCUUAGCGAAUUCCAAGAGAAUUGACCUCAUCUGGACUUACACUCCCUUAGGCUGCAGAGCCCUGGACUACUUCUCUUUGUGAUUUGCAAAAAUUCUGAUGCGGGAAAAGCUCAGAGCCUCCAUCUAUGAAAAGUGCCGCCACCUUCAUCUCGAAAUCCGGACGUUUUGUGCCUCAUCUUGGUGCUUUUCUGCCUCAUUCCAGUGUUUUUUUUCAUUUCGGUGCUUUUUUGUUUGUUUUUUUUAGCUUUCCACUUCAUCCCGAUGUUUUUCUGCCUCAUCCAGAAAUUUUUCCCUGGUUUAGUUGCUUUUCCACCACAUUUCGAGGAUUUUCCUCCCCAUCCCAAGAGUUUCCCUCUCACCCCGAUAUUUUCCCCUCAUCCCAGUAUUUUCCUGCCUCAUCCCAGUAUUUUUCCCCCAUUUCAUUAUUUUUCCAGCCUGUCCCAGUGUUUUUUCAACCCAUCCUGGUAUUUUUCUGCCUCAUCCCGGUAUUUUCCCCUUCAAUAUCAUGGUUUUUCCAGCUCAUCCUGGUGUUUUUCUCAUCAGGAUUGGCUUUGCUCAGCCAAAUUCCAGGAGGUUCCGGGGUUGGAUUCCACGGGAAGGUGCUGGAAGGUUCUCCUGGGUCUGGCCAUUCCUAUUGGGAACAGCGGUGACACCUCUGGAAUAAUAAUUGAGUUUGAAGAAAUCAGUCAUAGCCCAGCUGGAAUUCUGGAUCAGGAAUUUGGGAAAGGAAUGACUCCAGAGAUGAUUCCAAGGUGCUGGAGUGGAAAUUCCCCAAAUUCCGUGGUGCAUUCAAAGGGAAGCUCAUCCUG